AUGACACAACAAGGAGAAGAAGAGGACAAGUUUCCGCCAGUGGCUGAACCGAAACAGUCCUCAGUGCAUUUUCUGAGAGAUGUGGUUUUUCACGGCAAGUUUGAGCUCCUCAAAUCAGCGACCCCAGAGGAAAGCACAUGUUUCCAGAAGGGUCUGUACUUCACGGACGGUCAGAGACGAGUAGAUUAUGUCCUGAGUUACAACUUGAAGAAGACCUGUGGCAGUCGCAUCAGCAGAUAUGUGCCGCACAUGCAGAGCGAGAACGCCGUCUGCCACAAAGACACAGGCGUCGCACCGCCUCAGAGAGCAGGGAUGAGGAGCACGGCACACGGGUUCAGAGGGGAGAUCUCGUCACCAGGAGAGGAAGACAAGAUCCUACAGAGAGAAGACUUUGAAUCGAAACUGAGAGAUAUGGGGCUGGAGCUGGAGAAGGAAGAUAAUGGCAAUGUCCCAGGAGUGGGUUUCGUAAAGAUCCACGCUCCCUGGAACGUCCUGUGCCGAGAGGCCGAGUUCAUGAAGCUGAAGAUGCCCACCAAAAAGUGCUAUGAAGUGAAGCAGUCCAGCGGGUUCGUGGAGAAACUCAUGUCUUUGGCGAGUAAAGCGGUGGAGCCACUCUACCCCCACGUGGAGGAGCAUCAUCCCAAACACAUCAAGUACCUGUCGCACACGUUCUCCAGAGAGAAACAGCAUCUGUACGUCCGGUCUCUGCGCACGCAAAAAUAA